AUGAUCAAAGCGUUUAUCGUGGUGAAUAACCACGCGAUGGUUCGACUGUGCAGAUUUUACGAACAGCUGGCUGUCGAUAAGCAAUCCGAGCUGUGUCAAACCGUGUAUAAGAUUGUCACCUCGCGUCCAGACCAUUUGUGUUCGUUCGUGGACGAUAGCAAUACCUUCGGCCCGGACACGAAGCUCGUCUACAGACACUUUGCGACUUUGUAUUUUUGCAUCCUCUCCGACCGAUCGGAAUCUGAAUUAGCCAUGCUCGAUUUGAUUCAAGUGUACGUGGAAACCUUGGACAGAGUGUUUGAGAACGUCUGCGAGUUAGACUUGAUUUUCAACUCGCCGAAAGCGUACACGGUUUUGGACGAAACCGUCGUCGGCGGUUUAGUCUUGGAAAUCAACUCUCAAAAGAUUUUAACCGUGUACGAUCAGUUACAAAAGCUAGAAAAGAUGCACUCGAGCUUAAUCGAUAAGUUACAAGUAGGAAGUUAA